UUGGCCCCCCGACCACCCUAGCUCCACUGACGGCGCUCCCCCCCCUCGAUCCCUCUCCCAACCGAUCCCGGGUCCAUUCAACACUCCGGGGCAUGAGUCUCACCAUUCACGCGGGAGUUCUGGCAGCCAGCCAAGCCCACAUGUCUUCAACUCGACCCCGCCGUACGCGACGACGACUCUCCCGCCCAGCAGCCGAGGGUUUCCCACUUCUGUGCCUAUGGGGGAUUCGAGGUGGUCGAGCGGAUUCGGAGGUGCGAUCCAGGGGGGGGCAGGGGUCCGGGGUAUGAUGGGGGUCGAUGGGCACGCGGCGAUGAAUGUGGGUGGCGAACCGUUGAUCGUGCCACUGGAUAUGUACAACGGGUCGAAGCAGGCAGAUGAAAAGCGACAACGAAACGCGGGCGCUUCCGCGCGCUUCCGAGCUCGAAAGAAGGACAAGGAAAUCCAGCAGGGGAUGAGGAUACAAGAGCUGGAGAGUCAGAACCGCGAGCUCCAAAAGCGCCAGCACGAGAUAGAGAGCGAGCGGGAUCGAUACCGCAGCGACCGAGAUCGGCUCCGCGAUAUCGUCUACCGGACUCCCGGAAUCAGCGAGCUCGCUUACCAGGGCCCGCCGAGCCCCAUCUCCACAAGAAGCGGCGGUUCUUUUCCGGAGAGAAGUCCCCUCGCCCCUAACCCGCCGCCGCCCCCCAUGCCCGCGUACGGCGCCGCCGACCCUAUAACAGGUGAGAGGGCGACGCGAAGACGUCGUACAGACUCGCAGCUAGAGUAUAGCCCGUCCUACGCCGCCGCUCAGACCGGUCUUCCCUCGAUCCCUCAACCUACGCACGCCCCUAUUUCGCAACCGGGAACUCCUUCGACCGCGGCUCGAAACCCACGAUUGCCUCCCUUACGGUUGGAUCAGCCUGCUGGGACACCGAGCGCUGGGCCAUCUACCACAAGCACGCCGGUACAGAGUUUCACCCCGUAUAAGCGAGAACCAUACGAGACCGGCUGGGCAACGCGACCCAGCGCGCCGCACGACCCGGGCCAACGUUAAGCACGCAAGCCCUAGCCCCGAACCAGAAGAACAAAAGACCCCCACCUCACCUCACUCGCUACUCUACUUUCGUUUAUUGAAGCAAAACAUGGUUAUACUAUAUCGCUUUUAAUCACUACUACGGGUUUCCCUCGCCUCUG